GGCUCAGUGGUUAGAGCAUGGUGCUAGCAACACCUGGUCAUGGGUUCGAUCCCAGCGGAUUGCACAAAGUCAGGUACAAUGCAGUGCAAGCUGUGUCAAGGUGUUCUUGUAGUGGUUUCACCAUCUCUAGUGAAGAGACAGAAAUCUCAUUUCCACAAUCUACCAUGUGGUGCCUCCAUCAUCCUGGGAAACAAUGGUUAUGUGUGGCUGUAUCCCACACCCGACCAGCAGGAUGAAGAGGCUGGAGGAUGUCAUUUCACCAGCUUAGAGCCCGUGUCCCGGUCAGAUCGAGAGGUGAUUUCUCGCUUGAGGAAUUGUUUGUUGGCUCUGGCAGCUCAUAUGGUUUUGCUGUAUGACACAAGUGUGAUUUACUGCUAUGAGUCUUCUCUUUCACAUCAGAUUAAAGAUAUCCUGAAACCAGAGGUGAUGGAGGAGAUUGCUCUGGAGACACGCCUGCGACUUGUUCAGCAGUAG